CUAGUGCAAACGGCACUGACAUUGAAACUCAUAUUGGUGAAUUUGGAAUUUUGACAGCUAUUGCUAUUAUUGAAUUAUUGGCAUUUUCAUCUUUGUUAAAUGUCGCUGCUGACGUUGGAACAUCAGCCACGACAUUAAAUUAUUUACAAUCUAGCUAA